GAGAGCUUUUCCUCUCACAGCCGUUGGCUCUUAAGGAGGGGAUUUGGCUUAGGGGUGAGCCAUUUCGUUUCAAGAUGCUGAGGGUUUUGCUUUUCUUCGCUGGGGCCCUUGCGAGCACCUUUGAGGAUGCGCAGCGACUGCCGUUCAAAGGCUACUGCGCCAAAGCUCCUCAAGCGCAGCAAUCGGGUUUCCCAGAAGCGCCGCCCGCGCAUAUUCUGCAGGAGGCAAAGCUCCAGUUGAGUGGUAUCCAGCUGGUUUUUCGCCAUGGUGCUCGAGAUCUGUCAUCGGACAAGCCCUGCUUCAAGCCAAUGAGGCAAGCGUUCAAGAACUGCUCCGUUCAAACCUUGGUUUCUUUCACUGGCCUUUCUCCCUCCGAGCCACUGCCACUGGUGCGUGAAGUUCUGGAUGCAUAUCCUCUCAGAGAGGUGCAACUGCCGGGCUCGGGCUACACCUCGGGCUUGAGUGGCUGCGGCCUGGGAGUGCUGCUGGAUGCGGCGAUUCCGCAGACCAAGGCGCUGGCCGCGGAAGUGCGGCGAUAUUUCCCGCGACUUCCGGCCAUGCCAAGCAGGAACACAACACGGCUGUAUUCCACUGGCAAAUUGCGCACAGAAGCCACGCUUUUCUUGAUGCAGCGGGAACUGUUUGGUGAUACUCCAGGUGUCCGCCUCUUCUCACGACCAGUGACCAGCGAUCCUUGGGACCUGAACCAACAUUGUCCUCGUGCUGGGCUCGCACGUCACGCCAGACACUACAAGUCUGGCCCAAAUCUGAUCACCCGGCGCUUUCCAGACUUCGCAAGACGCUGGAAGCAGGCUUCUGGCACGGAUUUCCAACCCAGCUUCAAAGACUGCUUGCUUGUGGCGACAUGUUCGGGACAGCAUACACUUCACUUGCCACAGUUGUUGCAGCCCGGCAGCCCUUUGUUCAAAGAGGCUUUGAGAGUCUCCUUGAAAAUGUACCAAGAACACUACAUGAGGGACCCAGAAGCUCUUCAUUUGCUUGCAGCCCCCGUCCUUAUUGAGCUGGAGCAUUUCAUGAUCAUGCAGGCCACACAAGGUUCCCCAUUGCUGGCGAUGUGGGCCACGCACGAUACGACCAUCCUGGUCUUCUUAGCUGCCCUCGGGGUUUGGGAUGGUCAAUGGCCUCCCUACACAGAUACUGUCGUCCUGGAAGUGUAUAAAGAGAGCAACUCCACUUCACUGUCAAACGAGUCAUACUUCAGGUUUUUGCAUCAUGGAGUCCCAGUGGUGUUUCCUUGGUGUGAAACACAAGAAAAAGAGAUCCGCUCCGAUCUGAUUCCAGGGCUGUGCAACGUGAAGGCCUUUCUGCCUCCAUGGAUCACUCCCUAUCGAAAUAUGCAACGCCUUCGUGACGCGUGUGCAAGGACAGCCCCGGCAGGACUGGACGCUGAAUUUCUGCAUGAGGAUCACUUGGCCUCUCAAGAUGGUUUCGUGGAGUCGUGGAGCAGAAAUUCCUUUGUGAUGUAUGCACUGUAUGCGCUAUCCUGUGGCGUUUUUAUGUGCCUUGGUUACUGUUGGAGGGAGCUCAGGGAGCUCAACAGGUGGAACUCCCAGUUUUGCUCUGCACAGCUUGAAACCUUGCUGUCAUCUUGACGGGAUCAAAA